UUGGAUCUUCUGCUGAUUCUAGAAUCACAAGAUACAACACUUCUUUCAAAAAAUGAUCUUAAUGAUUAGUUAUAUGGUUGCGAAUAUUACAUGUUUUGAUUUUUUCCUUCGCUAAUUGUUCCAGUAAAAUUUGGGUUUUUUGUAAAAGUGAUAUUAAUUUAACUAGUAUUGAUGAUUUUGAUCAAAUUAUUCAUUGCAACUUCUCUAUUUUUAAUAUUUAUAAUAUUGGUAUAUAGUUUAUUUAGUUGCACAAGACUUGGUAGAUUGCCUCUUUGGCAAUGGCUUGUUGACCUUGAGAAUUCUUAUAAGGAACAUUGGUUUAUUAGAGGUGACUUUUAAAGCAUAAAAAUCUAUUUCGAUGUAUAACAGAUUGUUUAUGCCUCCAACAUGUAGGGUACGUUUACUUCAACGUGCAAAUGACUAUCCAAGAAGAGAGAUAUUGGAUGUAUAAUAGAUUGUUGCCGGGUCGAAAAGGAUUGACAGUUGAAUUUAUACAGGGAGUUGAAACUUUCAUUCAAGUUGCAUCUCAACUGCCUUCCUUUCAGCUUGAUAAAAUGUUUAGAUGUCCGUGUUCGAAGCAUAAAAAUCUAGCAUUCCUAAAGCCCGAUGAUGUGAAGCUUGAUUUAUAUCGUAGGGGAUUUCUUCCAAACUAUUGGAUUUGGACAUCACAUGGCGAGUACGAGCCACAUAGAGAUGCUCAUGCUGGUUCAUCUACAGCUUAUGAAACAUUUCAUGAAAAUCAAAUGAGUAGACCCUAUGAAGACCUUAUUUUUGAUGUAGCAGGUCAUAAUUUAAGGUCUAAUGUGGAAGAGCCACCAAAUGCAGAGACACAAAAAUUCUUUGAGUUAUUACAUUCAGCCCAAAAGCCAAUUUGGGAAGGUUGCAGUACGCAUUCAGAAUUAUCCAUUGCAGUGAGGAUGUUAAGUAUUAAAACUGAGUAUAAUAUUCCUCGUGAGUGUUUUAAUGACGUUAUUGGUCUUAUGAAGGAAACUAAUCCGGCUGACAAUAUAAUUCCCUCAGACUUGUACCGAACAAAGAAAUUAGUAUCCAAGCUGGGUCUCACUGCUACAAAGAUUGAUUGUUGUAUCAAUGGAUGUAUGUUAUACUAUAAGGAUGAUGCAGCAGAAGUUACUUGUCACAUCUGCAAUGCUCCUCGUUUUAAGCAGAACUCGGGAAAACAACGUCGUCCAAAGAAAGAUGUGCCAUAUUCCCGUUUGUUUUAUUUACCAAUCAUUCCAAGACUUCAGCGGCUCUAUGCAUCAAUGAGUUCAGCAGGCCAUAUGAGAUGGCAUAAGGAGAAAAUAGCAAAAAGUGAUGUUCUUUCUCAUCCAUCAGAUGCUGAAGCGUGGAAACAUUUUGAUCGAGUGCAUCCUUCAUUUGCUGCUGAACCCCGCAACAUAAGAUUGGGAUUAUGUACUGAUGGUUUUACUCCUUAUAGUCAAACAGCUACACCGUAUUCUUGUUGGCCAGUUAUAUUAACACCAUACAACCUGCCACCAGAGAUGUGUAUGACUACUCCGUUCAUGUUCUUAACUCUGAUUAUACCUGGACCACAUAAUCCGAAGGCAAAGAUUGAUAUCUAUUUGCAGCCAUUAAUUGAUGACCUCAAAUUAUUAUGGGAAGAAGGAGUGCUCACAUAUGACAUAUCAAUAAAACAAAAUUUUCUCCUUCGAGCUGCUUUGCUGUGGACUAUCGGUGAUUUUCCAGCUUAUGGUAUGUUGUCUGGUUGGAGCACAGCAGGGAAAUUAGCAUGUCCUUACUGCAUGGAGAACAGUAAAGCUUUCACAUUAAAACAUGGAGGGAAAAAUACUUGGUUUGAUUGUCAUCGUAUGUUUCUAAAUGCUAAUCAUCAGUUUCGAAGAAAUAAAGAAGCAUUUGUUAAAAACAGAAUUGAGCGAUCACCUCCUCCACCCAGAUUAAGUGGUGAUGAGAUACUCCAGAGACUUUCCAACAUUCCAACAAUUAUUGAUUAUCCAAUGCUAUCAGAAUCUAAAUUUCCGGGUUAUGGUGUUCAACAUAAUUGGAUUAAAAAAAGUAUUUUCUGGACAUUACCUUAUUGGAGAACUAAUUUGAUAAGACAUAACUUGGAUGUUAUGCACAUUGAGAAGAACUUUCUGGAUAAUAUUUUUAAUACAAUUAUGGAUGUUAAAGGCAAGAGUAAAGAUAAUGUCAAAGCAAGGAUGGACAUUAAAGAGUUUUGUCGGCGAAAAAAUUUGGAGUUAGUAACAACAACUGACGGUAAACUAAUGAAGCCCAAAGCUCCUUACUCUUUCACGUUAGAGCAAAAAAGAAUGAUAUGUCAGUGGUUUAAAGGUUUAAAAAUGCCGGAUGGUUAUGGAUCAAAUAUAAGCCGAUGUGUUGACUUGAAAUCUGCAAGGUUAUUUGGACUCAAAAGUCAUGAUUGUCACAUAAUUAUGGAGGUUCUUCUUCUGAUCAUAGUCAGUAUAUUACCCGAUUACAUAUCAAAUCCGUUGAUUGAGCUUAGCAUUUUCUUCAAAGAUUUAUGUUCAUCUAAACUAAGUGAAAAUGCUUUACGUAGGUACGAGGAUAACAUACCAAUCAUCCUAUGCAAGUUAGAGAAGAUAUUUUUGUAG